CUAUCUACUAAUUUUGGAUUUCGUGUUCUCAUCUACCAGCACUGAACUGUCUGCUUGCUUUUAAUUAAUCCCGUACCAGUCUGCACAACCACAAACCUAGUACUGCCCAGCGGAAACACUGACACCUGCAACGAUGACCUCCUUCGACCGCGCAGAGACGCCCAGCUAUGGCAAACGCCUCCUCGUGAACAUCGUCGACGAACGAGCCCGGACCGAGCCGGACCGGGAGUGGGUAUCCAUCCCACGGUCCUCCAAUCCCUCAGACGGGUGGAAGAAGAUCACGUACAAGCAGGCGGCCAACGCCAUCAACCGGGUGGCGCACCGGCUGGCCAGCUCGACGGGCGUGCCGCCGCCGGGCGAGUUCCGCACGGUGGCGUACAUCGGCCCCAACGACGUGCGGUACCUCGUGUUCGCGCUGGGCGCGGUCAAGGCCGGGUACCAGGCGCUGUUCAUCUCGCCGCGCAACUCGCAGGAGGGGCAGCUCAACCUGUUUGAGCUGACGGAUUGCCAUAUCAUCUGGUUCGAGGCCGGCUAUGUGAAUAUGGUCCAGUCGUGGCUGCAGGAGAGGGAUAUGUACGCUAUUAUGACGUUCCCCGUCGAUGCUUGGUUCCCCAAGGAAGACAUCGAGCCGUACCCUUACAACAAGACGUUCGAAGAGGCGGAAUGGGACCCGCUGUUGAUCUUGCACACCAGCGGCAGCACAGGGCUCCCGAAGCCCAUCGUCUGCCGACAGGGCAUGUUGGCCGUGGGGGACAAGUAUCACAACCUUCCGGAGUGGAAGGGCCGGAGGAUCUGGAUCGACGAGAUGGCACAGAGAUGCAAGCGGAUCAUGACUCCGAUGCCCCUGUACCAUGCGGCCGCUCUGUACAUGUCGCUCCUGAUGAUACACUAUUGGGACACGCCGGCGGCGCUGGGUAUCGGCGAUCGUCCGCUGUCGGCCGAGAUGGUGGAAGAGUACGUCAAGUAUGCAGACUCUGACGCGAUAGUGCUGCCGCCCGCACUCCUCGAGGAGCUGUGCCAGUCCGAGCAAUCCAUCAAAGCUCUAGCAAAACUGUCGUACGUGGGAUUUGGUGGCGGCAACCUGGCCAAGGAGGCUGGAGACACGCUCGUCGACGGGGGCGUGACACUGCUGAAUGUGAUCUCGGCUACCGAGUUCGCCCCUUUCCCGCUCUACUGGCAGCCGGACCGCAAGCUGUGGCAGUACUUCAUCUUCAACUCGGAGAUCUUCGGGGCCGAGUGGCGGAAGUCGGCCGAAGACGACACGUACGAACUCGUGGUGGUGCGCAAGGACAAGCACCCGGGCUACCAGGGCUUCUUCUACACCUUCCCGGACGCGCACGAGUACAGCACCAAGGACCUGUACAAGCCGCACCCGACGCUGCCGGACCACUGGAUCUACCACGGCCGGGCCGACAACAUCAUCGUCUUCUCCAACGGCGAGAAGCUCAACCCGGCCGACAUCGAGCACAUCGUGAUGGACCACCCGGGCGUCAAGGGCGCGCUGGUGGUGGGCAGCAACCGCUUCCAGCCGGCGCUGAUCGUCGAGCCGGCGCGGCACCCGGGCAGCGACGAGGGGGAGGAGGAGGCCAAGGCGUUCCUCGACAGCGUCUGGCCGUACGUGGUCAAGGCCAACAAGCAGACGGUGGCGCACGGUCAGAUCGGGCGGCAGCUCGUCGCGCUGUCCAACCCAGCCAAGCCGUUCCCGCGCGCGCCGAAGGGCACCAUCCAGCGGGCGGCGACCAUCAAGCUGUACGCGGACGAGAUCGACGCCAUCUACGAGCGCGCAGGCGAGGUGGUGGCGUCGUCCGAGGCGCCCCGGCUGGACCUGGGCUCGGCCGAGGCGCUGACCGGUUCGGUCGCGACGCUGUUCGAGAACUGGCUGCGGGCGCCCCGGCUCGGGCCCGACACGGACUUCUUCGUCGCCGGCGUCGACUCAAUGCAGGUCAUCAACGCGUCACGGCUGCUGCGGGCCGGGCUGGAGGCGGCGGGGGUCCGCGUCGACGCCUCGGUCCUGGCCACGCGCGUCAUCUACGGCCACCCGACGGCGCGCCGCCUGGCCGAGUACCUGUUCUCCGUCGUCAACAAGCAAGGCCAGGACGCCACCACGGGCGAGGUGCACGACGAGGCCGCCGCCAUGGAGGCCCUGCUGGAGAAAUACACCCGCGAUCUGCCCCGAUCAUCACCACCACUAACCGCCCAACAAACGCCCGCGCCAGCCGACACCGACCAAGUCGUCCUCAUCACCGGCACGACCGGCGCGCUAGGGUCAUACAUGCUGGACCUCGCCCUGCGCAGCCCGCGCGUCAAGAAAGUCAUCGCGCUGAACCGCUCCCCCGACGCCGAAGCCCGCCAGCGGCAAGGCAACGCCGCCCGGGGUCUACUCACCACUUUUCCCCCCUCCCCAGACAAAGAAGUCGAGUUCCUGCACGCCGACCUCUCCCGCUUCGACCUCGGGCUCGGCAAGGAAACCUACAACCGCCUGCUGCACACGGUCGACCGCGUCAUCCACAACCAGUGGCCCGUCAACUUCAACAUGCCGGUCGAGUCGUUCGAGCCGCACAUCCGCGGCGUGCGCCACCUGGCCGACUUCUCCGCCGCCGCAUCGGCCAAGAAGAAGCGCGUGCCCAUCGUGUUCAUCUCGUCCAUCGGCACCGUCGACGGCUGGGAUAGGCCCGACGACCCGGUCCCGGAGGCGUCGCUGCGGGAUCUGAGCCUGCCCAGGGGCGGCUAUGGCCGGUCGAAGCUGGUGUCGAGCCUGAUCCUGGAGGAGGCGAGCAAGGUGUCGGGCGUUCCCGUGGAGGUGAUCCGGGUAGGGCAGAUCGCGGGCCCCAGCGCGGCAAAGGGCGUGUGGAAUCGCCAGGAGUGGCUCCCCUCGCUGAUCGCCAGUUCGGUCUACCUCGGCGUGCUGCCCGAUUCGCUGGGUCCGAUGAGCACGGUCGACUGGACGCCCAUCGAGGGGAUCGCGGCCAUGGUGUUGGAGGUCGCUGGCGUUACGCAACACGUGCCGGUCGAGGAGAUCAGUGGGUAUUUCCAUGGCGUGAACCCGGAGAAGGUGGAGUGGCGCGUCCUGGCCGAGGCGGUGAGGGGGUACUACGGCGAGGAGAGGAUUAAGGGGGUGGUCGGGCUGGACGAGUGGGUGAGCCGCCUGGAGGAGAGCCAGAGCCGCACGGAGGAUAUUAGCAAAAACCCUGGUGUGAAACUGCUGGAUACGUAUAAGACCUGGACGAAGGCGGCGCGGGAGGGGCAGGGGUUUGUGCAGAUGGCUAUGGAGCGGACGAAGGGGAGGAGCAAGACCAUGAGGGAGAUGCGGGCGGUUACGCCGGAGCUGAUGCGGAAUUGGUGCCGUCAGUGGGGGUUCUAAGGCGUGAGAUUUGGUUGGGGUGGUUGCAAUAGAGAAAAGCGUUGGGUUGUUCAUAUUACUAGGUAGGAAUAGCGUAGAAGUGAAG